AUGAAGGAUAAACGGAUGCCAGCGUGCCUGCUCUUGGCACUGGCCUGCAGCUGGCUGGGCUCUGCUUUGGGGGAGUUCCCGGUACACCAGCACCCUGAGAAGCUGCCCCCCCUGGUGCCGCUGCAGCAAGCUCCAGGCUUGAAGGAACGUUUCCUGCUGCUUUCGCUGCACAACAAACUGCGGAGCAAAGUCCAGCCGCCCGCUGCCAACAUGCAGAGGAUGGACUGGAGCGAGAAGCUGGCCCAGCUGGCCCAGGAGCGAGCAGCCAGCUGCCUGGCGGGGGCCCUGCCCCGCCCUCCGCACCACACCCAGCAUGUGGGCUGGAAUACCCAGCUGCUCCCAGCCGGGGCGGCCAGCUUUGCUGCCGUGGUGGAGCUGUGGUUCAGCGAGGGACGGAGCUACGACUAUCACGCAGCACAGUGCCUGGAGAACACCACCUGCAGCCACUACACCCAGCUGGUCUGGGCCACCUCCAGCAGGCUGGGCUGCGGGAAGCACGCCUGCAUCGCGGGCCAGGAGAGGAGAGAGGCUUUCGUCUGCGCCUACUCCCCGGGGGGGAACUGGGAGAUGAACGGGAAGACGAUCAUCCCUUACAAGAAAGGAGCCUGGUGUUCGCUCUGCACCUCAGGAUGCUCCGGAUGCUUCAAGUCGUGGGAUCACAGCGGGGGGCUGUGUGAGGUCCCCAGGAACCCUUGUCGGAUGAGCUGCAGGAACGACGGGCGGUUGAACAUGAGCACCUGCCACUGCGACUGCCUGCCGGGGUACACGGGCCGGUACUGCCAAGGUGAGAGCCGGCUGGCAUGGGUGUGUGCAGGGUGCACAGGGAUGCAUCUUGCCAUCGGUGCCACGGUGAAGUGCAGCAUCCAGUGUCUCCACGGGCGGUUCCGGGAGGAGGAAUGUUCCUGCCUCUGCGACAUCGGCUACGGCGGAGCGGAGUGCGGCACGAAGGUUCAGUUCCCUUUGCACACCUGCGACCUGAGGAUAGACGGGGACUGCUUCAUGGUUUCCUCUGAGGCAGACACGUACUAUGGAGCCAAAAUAAAAUGCCAGGAGAAAGGAGCCAUGCUGGCCCAGAUCACAAAUCAGAAAGUGCAGGAUAUUCUGGCCUUUUACCUGGGGCGUUUGGAACCCACCAAUGAGGUGACAGAGCCGGAUUUCGAGACCCGGAACUUCUGGAUCGGUCUGACCUAUAAAACGUCCAAGGAUUUGUUCCGCUGGGACACCGGCGCCCAGCACUCCUUCACCAGCUUCGCGUUCGGCCAGCCAGACAGCCAGCGGUUUGGGAACUGUGUUGAGCUCCAGGCAUCAGCCGCCUUCAACUGGAAUGACCAGCGCUGCAAGACGCGAAACCGCUACAUCUGCCAGUUUGCUCAGGAGCACAUCUCCCUGUGGCAGCCAGAGCCCUGAGCCCGCACAGCUUCCAGCUGCUCAGUGGUGGGCGCGGCGUCGCCUCCAGCCCGCACGAAGCUUGAGAAAGAAUCCGCUGCCACUGUUC